AUGACUGGAGUUCUUGAUGGAUCAAGCCAGUCCGCUCAUAGCGAUGCGGAGGUCAAUGAUGCACCGAAAGCCAAGGUGCUUUUUAACGAACAAACUAAUUAUGUGCCCAGAAGGACGAUUAUCACAAUCUUCCUAGCAUGUUCGAGCGUCGAUUUCGUGUCGUUAAUGGACCAGACGACGUUGGCAUCAUGUUUGUAUAUCAUUGCCAAUUCAUUAGGUGCCACAAACCAGGCAUCUUGGAUCUCUGGCUCCUAUUUCGUAACAUCAACAAGCUUCCAACUUCUUUAUGGAAAGCUUUCUGACAUCUGGUCUCGAAAAAUUGUCUUGUUCGUCGGUCUCGCGAUUUUCUUCAUCGGGUCAUUGGCAGCAUCACUGGCGCAGACAGUCACGCAGCUGAUCAUCUUUCGCGCAUUCACGGGUAUCGGAGGCGGAGGUCUGAUCAGCCUCGCUCAGAUGAUCGUGAGCGAUGUUGUACCUCUCCGUGAGCGUGGCAAAUAUCAAGGUAUCAUGGGUGCAGUGGUAGCCAUUGCCAAUGGUAUCGGACCACUUAUAGGCGGAGCGUUAGCAUCCAUAUCGCAUGAUUCGUGGCGAUGGAUUUUUCGAUUGAAUCUACCCUUGACUGCGAUCACAUCAGCGUGUGUGUAUUUCUUCAUGCCACUGCGAGAGGUGGAGGGGGACUGGAAACUCAAGGUAAAGGCCAUCGACUUUGUUGGUGUAGUCCUUGCUCUUGGAGGAACUGCGGUCUUCUUCUUGGGUUUGAACUGGGGUGGUAAUGAUUAUGCGUGGAAUUCUCCCCAUGUUGUCGCAACUUUGGUGAUUGGUUUCGCUGUUUCCGUUGCGUUUGUGUUGUGGCAGUGGAAAGGUGCUGCUGUGCCCUUGAUUCCGCUCCAUAUCUUCCGCGCCAGGAUUAUCAAUGGAUGUACUGCUACCAUGUUGAUCCAAGGGUGGAACAAUAUGGUCCAACUCUAUUACAUUCCGACGUUUUAUCAACUGGUGUAUGAUUACAGCACUGUGAAAGCGGCGGCUAUGUUGGUCCCAAUCAUAUUAGUGCAAACCUUUGGUAGCACCAUUUCCGGUCUUAUCGUUCACUGGAUUGGUCGGUACAGAGAAUGUAUUCUUCUCGGGUACGCAGUCUGGGCAGUUUCCCUCGGUCUUUACUCGACACUCGAUGAAUCAUCGGGAGUUGGGAAGCAAAUCGGGUAUGCUAUUUUGACAGGAUCGGGUGUCGGAACUACCUUGCAACCAACUCUGAUCGCAAUGCAAGCUGGUGUGGAGCGUCGAGACAUGGCUGUCGUCACUUCCUUCAGGAGUUUCAUUCGGAGUCUCGGCGGUACACUUGGCAUCGUGGUCAGCGGAACAAUCCUUAACAAUAUCAUCUCCUCCUCAAUAUCGAGCCUCAAUCUCUCCGCAUCCGACUCGCAGUCUAUUCUUGGAAGUCCCGCAACCUUUCUAUCAACUCAAUCCGCAGGCGAUGAAGCACAUAUUCGUAGUGUCUUGAUUCCUGCAUACCGCAAAGGAUUCCGAAUUAUUUUUCUUAUCGGAGCAGCGCUUUCAGCAUUGGCGUGUCUGCUCGCUUUUUGGCUCAUACCCCAGACUGAACUGGGCAGGGCCGAUGAUGAUGCCUUGAAGGAGGAAGGAAGGAAAAGAGCUCAAAAUGGAUCUGAUCCAGAAAAAGAGCCUGUGCAGACUGAGAAAGCUGAAUAG